CAAUUCUGGAAAAAAAUCAGCAAAUCUGCGAGGGAAUAAUGGGGGUUUUCUUUGUUGUGAUCUUGGAGGAAAAAGGCGAAUUCUUGAGGGUGGCUGCUGUCAAGCGCUUUGCCGGCGAAAAGAUUGAUCACCCUUGCUGCCUCUCUACUCCUGCUCUAAAAAUAUCUACUCCCUUUUCCCAUUCGUUUUAAACUUUGACGCAACCAAUUUUGUUUAGUUUUUCAUUAGCUGAUAUUAUAUUGUUUCUUUCUUUGUACAACCUACAAUAGAAAAUGGUUCAACUCAAUAUUCGUAAUUUCAAAUCGUAAAAGCGACCUCGCGAUGAACUUUUUGUUGUUGUCACAGUCAACAAAAAAAAAAUAAAUGAAAUCAAACACAGACACACUACUGACAAAUAUUUUUCCUAAUGGAACUAGCCUAUGUCUCUAACGCAACCUCAUUAAAAACAAAACAAAAAUAUUUAUAGAAACAUAUGAACAGAAUCUCUAACCUGUAUUCAACAUAAACUUACGCAAUUUAAGGUCCCAGAGUUCAGCAAUUCUUCAUAGGCUGUGUAAAAAAAUCAAACCAAAGGUAAAGCCCAAAAGAAUUUAUUCGUGCCGCAAUGGUUGAGAAUCUCAUAUUUACCAAUCACACCAUCACUCGUUCAUCCUUAUUUAAGGGCUUGAUAAAAUAAAUAUUCCAAAAGAUACGUCUCUUGUCUGUUACUAUUGUCAAAAGUUUUAAGAUUAAUGACCAUUGAUUGUAAAUACGUAAGAAGCCAUAUUGUGGAUGUGCUUAUCAGACAAGGCCUGCGAAUUACAUCACCGGUAGUUCUGCGUUUGGAUUGUGAUUGUCUAAUGUAAGAGGCCUCACUUUACCUUUCACAAAACUUAAACUGUCCGAGCACAUAGCAGCCGGGAGAUUUUAUAUUUGGUUAUUAUCUCGUCCAUGUUACUAUAAAAACUGAAUUAUAAUAUCCUGUUUUUUUUAACAUCAAUUCAGACAAAUAUUGCCUUCUUUUGCCAUCAGGCCCCGAAUUUCAAUUGGCUGAGAUGAGUCAUGUGACCAGGAAUUGGCUGCAAUUUCGCCCAUAGUCUUCAGUUUAGUAGACCCUGGUCCCCAUACGCUAGUAAUAUCACCAAUAUACACAAUUAUUAAAGCCCGCAAAUGCCGCCAUAGCAGGAGCGCAAAAUAAAUCAUAGCUUUUUGGAUGUUAUUUUUUGCGUGUGUUGGUGUCGCUGGACGCCCUUUUUGCCCAGGCGAAGCGAUGAAUUUUGAAUUUGAGAGGGAGAUUGGGUUCAUCAACAGCCAGCCUUCCCUUGCAGAGUGCCUGACGUCUUUCCCCGCUGUCCUGGAGUCAUUUCAAACUUCAUCAAUCAAGGACUCGACAGCAAUUCCACCUCCUUUCGAGCACACCAUCCCAAGUCUGAGUCCCUGCACAGGCAACCAGGCGCGACCGAGGAGCCAAAAGCGAACUGCCUCCAAUGGCCUCCAGCUUCGGACACAAACAGCACCGCCGACGCAGCACCAGCAAGGCCCGGCCCCGCUGUCGGGUGGCGCGCCCCUGGCCCACGAGUUCCCAUGGAUGAAGGAGAAAAAAUCCUCGAAGAAGUGCCCCAAGCCCGGAGCCACUGCAGCUGCAGCAGCAGCCUCCCCCUCUCAGGCAUCCUCCGGCUACACAACCGCGGGACUGGAGUCCCCGACAGAGGUUCAAGGUGGACUCGAUAAUGUUAGCGGUUCUCGGAGGCUGAGGACCGCAUAUACCAACACGCAGCUACUUGAACUGGAGAAGGAGUUUCACUUUAACAAAUACCUUUGUCGGCCCAGGCGCGUUGAAAUUGCAGCACUUUUGGAUCUAACCGAGCGACAAGUCAAAGUGUGGUUUCAAAAUCGACGCAUGAAGCACAAACGACAAACUACACACCACCGGGACGGCCAAGAAGGCGAGCCCAGCGGUUUUGACGUCCUAGAGGGAACUGACGCUUCUUCACCGUAUUCGAGUCAGUCGUUGGAAGUAUCUGGUUCUGGCUCGGCAGCAGCCUCUGAGAGUGAGACGUGUCCGACCACUGCCUCCUACACGAACAGUUCGGACAAAAGCAAGCCCACGCCUGAAGAGGGCCAAGCGAGCCAGCCGGAGCCAGCAUCUGUUCCUGACACAGCGGUUCACUCCCCCCCGUAUCCAACGCCUACUGCAGAUAACCCCACCACAAUGGCUGAGGGCCGAGCAGCUGGGCCGGAGCAUUCGUUCACAGAGCCGCAGGAUGCCACCUCUCUCCCAGAUUUGAAUUUCUUUUCGACGGACUCCUGCCUACAGAUUUCGGACGCUUUAUCACCGAGUUUGCAGAGCUCAUUGGACAGUCCAGUUGACUUCUCCGAGGAAGACUUUGACUUGUUUACGAGCACCCUUUGUACUAUAGAUCUGCAACAUUUACAGUUCUAAACAAAAAUGACAUCAAAACGUAUUCAAGAACUAUCGAACUCCGUCGUAUUGCAGUGUCAUGAAUGCUUCUCGACCGCAACAUUCCUAUAAGACAAAAAGAGUGAAACGUCUACCUAAAGUUUUUUAUGAAAAAGAAAAACAAAAACGGCGUGAUGCAAUGCCUAAACGGAAAUAAAUUGUCCAUUAUUUUGAAAAUAUGAUGUAAUCUUUUUGAAUACACAUCGGGAUGGCCCAUGUCGAAGUAUCAGGUAUUUUAUUGCCUUUUGAUUGUCGGACUUUAGUUUAUGUCUACUAACAGAUGAAUAGUUGCGGACUUUUUUCAGUGAAACUCAAUCAUUGGAAUCUCAGGAAUUGUGCCAGACAUAAGGGUAGUUGAACUGCUUUUAGGAAUUCUCCCAAGACGGGCGUUGUCCCUUUUGAAUAAUUUUAGAACUAGUUUAUUUAUUGAGAUCCUUUAAUAGUAAAUUUCAAAUUUAUUUAUUGUACGUUAUUUUCAUAGUUGAAAUAAUAAAAAUAAAACAAAAACAAUACAUAAAAUGCUGGAGCAAGUGUCACUGAUUUCCUAAGCUUUAAUUAACUAUUAUUAAGACUAUUAUUUUUAUUAAUCAAAAGAUUUGUUCUUUAAUCUUGGUAUUGAUGUAAUUAUGUGUUCGGUUUUUGGUGAUGAAACUAAGUACCGUCCGCAGGUUGAAUUUGUUUAA